CCAACUCUACCGCUCAUAUUCAGAGUGAAUUACCAUGGAUAGGUUCGUUGUGCUUGCGCUCGUUCUCUUAAGAUUCAGUUUACUUUCAAUGGCAGAGACGUCUCACACAGCUAGACGUAAAUUGACAAAAGAUGGUAUGGCGUUUAAACGGGGGCAGCUGGAGAAACCACUCUUCAAGAUGAAGCUGAUUCUGGGAACUCAAGGGGAUAUUUAUGCUGGCGGGGAUCAACAUUUAUCUCACCUCGUUUUUCCGGAGAAUCAAAGGAACGCAGUGGUGAAGAAAAUUCCAAUUGAGUGUGACAAGCGCUGUCCUAUCACGGUGAUGCAGCCAGGGAGAGAUGCAUACCCUCUGUUUGUGUGCACAGAGAAAGAUGAGGGAGCUCACUGCUGCUACAAGGAUGUCAAUGGCUUAACACACCAUUGUAAAGACGUCUAUGGAGGUGGAGAACCAGCACUUCUUACUGGGGAUUUUCUCUACACCACACUGUCUGGUGUAAAGGAUAAAGAUGGCAUCUACAGAAAGCGUUUAUCUACUGACAGUGACAAUAUGACGCCUCCCUCAAGCCGUACAGAUCAAAGGUAUGUGAAGAUUAUAGAAAGAAGAAAUAAAAUGGAUGACUUGCAAGAUAAGCUGUAUGCAUUCUACACAGAGAAGAAUCAGGACCAGAACUCUGACAUUUUCACCCCACGUGUCUCCCAGAUCUGCAAGGCUGAUCUCGGAGGUUCAAAGGACACCCUGCAGUUCCAGUGGACGUCCCAGCUGAGCAGCCGGCUGUCCUGCGGAGACCCCAGCAGGAAGCUGUACUACACCGAGCUGCUGGACGUGGCCAUGCUGCCGUCUGAGGACGGAGGAGACGAUCGGGUCUACGGGCUCUUCAAAAAGCGGCUGAUGAGAGCAGUGUGUGUGUAUGCCAUGAAGGACAUUGAUUCCACCUUCUCCAGCUCUACAACAGAACCCACAGAAACUCUGUCAAAACGUCCUGGAGAGUGUGUCCAGGACAGUAAGAGACUCCCUUCUAACUUGCUCAAGUACAUGAAGAGGAAUCCAGAGAUGGCGAAUUGGGUGAGGCCCAUAGGAAACAGCAACCCCCUGUUGGUCAGUCGCCGCCACUACAGCCACAUCCAGGUGGACCGUGUUGGAGGGACAGUGGGACAGGAGGGACACAAGGUCCUACUGCUGUCCAUGGAGAGCGGUGUGGUUCACAAAGUCCUGGAGAACUCCACCUCACCUUUCAUCAUCGCGGAGUAUCAUCCAUUUGAAUCCGGAACACAGAUCCUCAGCAUGUUACUGGACAAUUCUGAGAAGAAACUCUAUGUGAGCUCCAGUCAUGAGGUGGUUCAGAUUGAACUGAGGAACUGCAGUGUGUACGGGAACCAGUGUACUGACUGUGUCUUAGCAAGAGAUCCCUACUGUGGCUGGGACAGCGGCCGUAAGACAUGUGCACCUUAUUCAGAUGGUCUGACUCAGGAUGUUCUCAACGGAAAUUACCAUGACUGCACCCCGUAUCGCAGCGCUCCCUUUGGAUCAGGUGUAGAUAAGCCUGUCCCUGGUCCUCCUUCCAAGGAUGUGCCUGAGUCCUCCAGACACUACCUGUCCUGCCCCAUUGACUCCCACCAUGCCACGUAUCGCUGGCUGAAGGAUGGAGAGGAGAGGCAGUCGCUCGAGGACCAGAAGCAGGAGCAGUUAGUGCUGCUGAUAGAGGGCAUGGGGUCUGCAGACGAGGGCGGGUACGAGUGUGUAGCCCAGGAGGGAGACUACCAGAAGACAGUGGCCCACUACCAGCUGAGGAUGACCAGUGGGGUAGCAGGACUGAAGAGCUCUCCACUGGCGUUGGCCUUGCUGGCGCUCCUGCUUACUCUGACAUGUUAGAGGCCUGUUGCACCUGCUCAGUGUUGUGUUCUGUUCUGAGUGCUUCCCUAUUGCCUUAUCUGUGUGUUGAGAUCAGGCUGUUCUUUACAGCUGUUCAGCAUGUAUCUCUUGAGAUUCUUUAUUUAUUUAUUAGAGCGAGAGAGUGAAAGAAAUCUUGAUAACCCGCUGAUAUUGUUGUGGCUUGGGUGUGUCGCAGAAUAGGUCCAUAAAGUAUAGUGACCCUUUGUUAGCCCAUCCUAUUUGAAUGCUGUAUUUAUCAUCUGCUAUCUCCUAUGCUAUGCUCAUCCAAGGAAAGCAUGACUACAGUGCGGUAGGCUGGCGUCUGAAUCCAUUGCAAUGAUGUGUAACCCAACACUGAUUAAGGGCCUUAUUCGUAUGAACUCACACCCUUGUUUGCUAUGACUGUUGGUAUAGGAGAGCUGUUUGGACAUGAGGCAACAAGAUGGCCUAUGGUAAUCCUGGUCUGGGUUUACUCAAUCUAGUUGUUGACCACAGGUGAACAUUCUUGUCCUCUCACAGCCAUUGACUGAAUGGUUGUGUACACAAAAUAUUAACAUUUCUCACAUAGCAUAUUUCAAAGCCCAAUAAUGUAAUAUAAUAACAUAGUAUUUCACAUUGAAAAGUUUUCUAAUGAAAAUAUUUCUAAAUACCGGUACUUAUGAUGUACAUAAAAAUAUGAUAACAUACAUUAAAAUAAAACAAUGAUAAUAUUGAUAUUGAUAAUAAUAGCCUAAUGAUAAUAAUAUACUAUGUAAUAUAUUAGUAAUAAUUUCGUAUAGCCUCUACUUACUUACUUACUGCCCUUAAUGCCUUCAUGCAUGUAGGGCAGCAACAAAAGUUUUCCACACCAGUCUAUCCUGGGCGAGUCGUUGAAUAUUGCCCCAUGAGUGGUUUAGGCUCUGCAUCUUCUUCGCCACAAUUCUUCUCCAUGUGUUCUUAGGUCUUCCUCUCUUUCUUUUCCUCUCUGGUGUCCAAUGUAGAGCUAUUCUUGUAAUAUCAGUAGGAUCUUUUCUCAAAACAUGUCCUAUCCAUCUCCACCUUCUUUUCAUGAAGAUGGUCGCGAUGCAUUCUUGUUGACAAUUCUGAUACAGUUCUUCAUUUGAGAUUGUGUUUGGCCAAAAAAAAAAUUGGUGUGGAAGGUUGACAGAUUGAUGAGGUCUCUUUUUACCAUUCUCCAGCAUUCAGAGCCAUACAAAAGGGUGGAUAAAACACAGCUCUGAUAUAAUUUGAGUUUGGUCUUUGUAGAGUAUUGUUGUGAGAGCCAUGUAUUAUUCAGUAUGUAAAAAGCAUUUCUUGCCUUAUUGAGACGAUUCUUAAUGUCUUUGUCUGUACCUCCCUCAUUGUUAAUAGUAAAAAUAUGUGAAUUCAUUAGUUUGGGGAUACUCUUCUCCAUUAACUUUAAUUGGUGAGGGGUUAGGAAUGUUUAGAGUUAAUACUUCUGUCUUCUUAUGGUUGAUCUCUAAGCCAAUCUUCUGACCAAAGUCACUAAGGCGGGAUGUUUUCUCCUGCGUGUGUCGAUGAGUAUGUGAGAGAAGAGCCAGAUCAUCUGCAUAGUCUAAAUCUUCAAGUGAUGAGAAAAGUGUGAAUCGAAUGCCUGUAUAGCCUCUAGGGAGCAUUUGCACAACUACACAAACGUGAGUUUGUAUCGGGAUAGAAUAAACAGAAGUAGUGUAAUGUGUUCAUAAUCGUAUCAUAAAACGAGAUCAAACAGCAAGGGAGUGGGGCAAUGAGGAUGUGGAUUACUUAAGCUGCAUUCCUAUUGAAUGGGUGGUGUGAGGCGUGACCUGCAUGACUGUCAGGUGUUGAGAGAGAAAAACAGUCCAGGGAAUAUUAGGCUCUAGUGGAAGGAAAGUUCACACCAGAAAAACAAGGACUGUUUUCAUCGUAAACAGACAUGAGGGUCUGUUAAGUUGUUAGGAAUACAAAAUGGCCAUGGUGGAGAAGAUGGCAAAAUGAUGGUGGAAGAGAUGGUGACAGCUGUAUGAAUGUCAGGGGUUGACACUGGGGGGGCACAAUUGUUCACAGCACAUGUUCCGUUAUAUUUUUAUUUUAAUGUAGUUCCUACAGCAGAUGUGAUAUUUUGUAUAAAAGAAAAGACUGAGGUUGUUCUAAUUUUGUUGUGUUCAUCUUAGAUAAUAGUAUAUUUUGUCAUUUGUAAUCUCCCUUACAUAAUGUGAAGCUCUUUUUUCAAACUUUCUGUUACUAAAAAUUACAUCUAUUUUUGUACUAAAUAAACCAUAAUAUGAACCAC